GUUGUCACCGGAAGUGCAUAGGAAAGAGACCUGGUACUGGACCACAGAUACAGGUUGAUGCAGAGCUAUAAGAGUCAAAGAGCUGAUCCCCUACAGGGCUCUUCAACAACUGCGAUGUGACGAGCAUGGGCUCCCUGCCUAACCUGCACGCUUUGUCGGCGGCCGAUCGUCCCCCCAUCUCUCGGCUAUUUGAAGCACCGCGACCAGUAGUCAGGCACCACCUGGUGACCACAGGCGGGGAGCGGGCGAGCCAUCACCACCAUGGGCACCACCAGCACCGAGUGGUUCACAAGACGCGAAGUGGCGGUGCCUGCUGGGACGACUUCGUGCUGGAGCAGAUGGCGUCGUACUCGCCUAUCUCAACCCGCUCCACGGCGCGGCGCCGGGACUCGCUGUCCAGCUCAGGGGGCGCCUCGUCUGUGCGACGCCUGAUUGCGGUGGUGCGUUCCACGCCGUCCCGUCUGGGGCCAGUCUACUCGAGACGCGUCCUCUUGCGGAAUUUCGCGGCGCUGUGUCUCGGCCACGCGACGGUCACGGCCGCCCUGAUGCCCCUACUGGCCCUGCAGGCCGCGGUAUCGGCCAACAUGGGGGGCCUCCUGCUUUCGGCCCUCCACGCCCUGGCGUCCUUCUCCUCCCUCGUGGCUCCCACGUUGGUGCAGCGCGUCGGAUGCAAGUGGACGCUCAUCCUGGGCUACGGACAUGCCUGUCUCUUCUUCGGGCUGCACCUGUACCCGACGCCCUACACACUGGUGCCUGCGUACCUGGCCCUGGGGGUGUGGCUGGGCCCGCUCGUCAGUGGCCGCGUCACUUUCCUCAUGACACUCGCCUCUAAGCUCUCGUACGUCGUGACAGAGGACGAGGAGGCCGAGGAUGUGGAGGAGAGCUCGAGUCGCAGGCAAACGAUAGUGCGCAGGCUCGCGCGAGGCCUGCAGACUGCACAGGACUUUGGCCUGGUGCUUGGCAACGGUGUCACGGCCUUCCUGCUGUGGUACACGCAGCCAGAUGAUACAGAGUCCCCGCAGCGCCUCGACGCCCUGUUCCUGACAGACGACAGCCAGGAGCGUGUCUGUGGCAGUGAGGCAUGUCCGAUCACAAGUGUGACUCAGGGACCCAACUCAACAGCAGACGAUGGCCAACUGGUCUUCAUGUUGCCGUGCAAAACAUCCGCAAUGUUGGCUAGUGUCUUCCUGGGCUGCUCCGUGAUGGGUGUUGCGGUGACGGCAGCAUUCUUGGACCGGAUCCGGAUGUUUAUGUAUCAGGACCCGCUUGAGAGGCCCACUGGAGUGGCAGCACUCAGGGCAGUGUUCAAUGCGUUCAGGGAUCCAUGCCUGCAACUGACAGCUCCGUUGGCGGUGUUCAUAGGGCUGGAACAGGGCUUCAUGCUAGCCGACUUCAGCAAGUCAUAUGUUGUGUGCGCACUGGGCCUGCCCAAUGUCAACCUCGUGUUCCUGAGCCUCGGAGCCUUGCAGUCCCUCGCUGCUUUCACCCUUAGCAUGAUGUUACGUCACAUCCAUCGCUGUGUCGUCAUCGCCGUUGGUUUCGCUUUCCAUAACUGCCUAUUGCUAGUUCUGCUGCUAUGGAAACCAUCUGGUGAUGACCCCGCCCUCUUCUACGUCAUUUCGGCAGCGUGGGGCGUCUGCAACGCCAUCUGGGAGACGCUCAACUUCACACUUCUUGUGACAGUGUAUCCAGACUCCUGGCAGGCUCCCCUGGCACACUGCUAUUUCUUCCGCUUCCUGGGGCUGUCACUGGCAUUUGGGCUCCACGGAGAUGUCUGCAACUGGCUCAAACUAUACGCUCUAGCAGCAACUCUUGUCUUGGCUGUAGCACCCUACGCAUGGCUCGAAAUGCGACUCGAGUCCCGCCGCAAGCUGAAGACAAACCUUACCAACUUGUGACCAAAGCUGUGCCAUAACCGAGCCCACUCCACAUGACACACACACCGUGUUACAAAACAAGACUGAACACAUAAUUAGGCAAUUCUUUGGAAACCACCUUCUGAAGAAGCACGCAUCACUCCAAGCUGCUAGUUAUCUGCAGCAGCCAGCUGCAUCACUGUCAGUUUCUCAAGAAGGGCUGUUCUUCCACAGAGUUCUAGUCGCCUGCAAGUAACUUUGUACAUCACCUCGACUGUUUAGUGGGAAAGACAUGUUACAUGCUCAUUCUGAAUCAAUAAGCCACUGUAAGAAGCGCCCCUGAAAUUUACUCUAGCGAUGUGGAGUUUUACUCAUGGAAUCAGCAUCCAAAUGACGUGAUAACACACUGAGUUAUAUGCAGGAAACUACAGCUAACUGAAGUAACUGGCUGAGCAACUACUAGCUUCUCAAGAAUGUUCCUGCUCUAUAGAAUUUGUUAGUUAUUGCGUCAGAAUUUGAUUGCUGCUCAAGACUGUGGGUGUUUUCAACCUAUCGUCUGAUGGGUACAGGGCGCCAGAAGCCACAUUCUUAUCAGGUACAAAGAAUACCUCCUAAAUGUCUGAUGCAGUGGUUUCCAAAGUGUCAGACCAGUUGGUUGGUCAGUUGGAGGAUCAGGCAUCGGAUAUUCUGGUAGUUAGGCAGUAAAACUGGAUUAUGAUUCUGAAAAUGCCACAGAAUGACAUUUUAUUUUUGUGCAGCCAUAAAACCUUGACAAAUAUUAUUAAUUGACAAAGACCCAAAAGGCAUCAACUUGAAAAAUAAAAACCAAAAAAGCUGUUCAAAUGUGCACACCAUUAGGAGGGGUAGUGUACUGAAAUCUUUACUAUACAGAGGAGGCACCACUGCGUUAAGCUUGGAAACCACUGCCGUGACAAAAACGCAAGGCAAACAUUAAAAUGACUAUAGCAUACAAAAGAGGAGCUGGGGUAGUGCAGUCAGCUGAGGGGUCAGAGUUCGAGUCCCAGUAGGGUAAAGAAUUUUCUCUUCACCAAAUUGUCCAGAUCAGCUCUGGGGU